AUGAUGCCAUCCCAAAUUAACCACCUUCACCCAGGAACGACUGCAUCAGAGCCAUCCGGGGUUUUCGCGGGGUCUGGGGUCAUUCAAGACAAUGCUCGACACCCGGAAUUGCAGCCUUGGAUGAUCUGCGCCUACGGAUUUACUGCUUAUGAGACAGGACUACGCAUUCUGGCCAAUGCUUACCCUGCUCGCGGGCGACUGCGCACACUGAAAGUGUUCGCAGCGUCGAUCUGCACCACCAAUGCGCCGACCCCAGGCAUACCAAGUAAUCGGCAACCUGAGGACAUGGUUCGCACGACUUCCGCCAUUGUUGGUUCGUCCGACGGAAGAACCGCCACACCCAUAUAUCCGCUCCGACGGAUCUCUCUACACCAAUUCCCAGCUGCGAUUAUCGGCCCGGACGGCCAUAAUGACCUCUAA